UCAGAACUCAGAAGUAGUGUUAAAACUUAAAAGUAAAUAGUAAUUAGUAAAAUACAAAACAAGUAAAUAUUUGGUCAGACUUACGGCGUAAUGUAAAAUAAACAUUUCAAUCAUUAAUAAACGAAACUACCUAACUGGAGACUUAUUUACUUCGGAUAAAUUUACAAUUAUUAUUACAAAUUAAAUUAACAAAACUCUUACUUUUUUAUACCUUUAACUUUCGUAAAUAGUCAAUAUUAUGAACGAUAUUCUUAAACCGGAAUUGAUAUGGAUUGAAAAUAGAUGUUACAGAGUAAAUGACCCUAUCGUGGAUGUUUCUUUUCACCAAGAGCAUGAUCUAUACGAAAAUGAUAUGCCCUACCAAGAUUUGCAAGAAAAUGAUGAUGACACUGAUUUUGAAGUUCAAAUGAUUGAUUCAGACAGAUACUGUACAACUUUUCAUGUAUCCAAACAUUAUUUAGGUAACAUAAUAGGUAAGAAAGGAGCAAUAAAAAUGCGUAUUCAAAGGGACACCAAAACUGACAUAAAAAUCCCACGAAUGGGAGAGAACAAAGAUGUUGUUAUUUAUGGUCCAAGUAUUCCAAGUGUAAAAGCUGCAAGAAGGAAAAUCAAUAUGAUUGUUAUAUCGGCUAGAAUGAGGCAAAGAUCAACACACUUUAUAUCACUUCCAAUGAAUAGUGAAGAAAUAGUGAAGAAUUUUGACAAAUUUAAGGAAAUGGUGUUGCAAGAUUGUCGAGGUAGGGGAUUGCAUGAGUCUAUAUUUAUAAGAGCUAGUAAGUUACAUAUCACUGUAGGUGUAAUGUGUUUGAUGGAUAAUGAAGAAAGGCUGCUUGCAUCAAAAUACUUAGCAGAAGUUAAAGAACAUAUUAUGCCCAUGAUACAAAGUCACUUGCCACUUAAGUUACGAUUAAAAGGAUUGUCGUAUAUGAAUGAUGAUCCCAAAGAAAUACAUGUGUUGUAUGGCUCUGUUCAAGAAGAUGACGCCCCUAAAGGCGUUUUACAGGAUAUGAUCGACGCUAUAGCUCAGUUCUUUUUUAAAAAAGGACUUAUGGCAAAUGAGUUUGGUCGCGAUAACGUUAAAGUACACGUUACUCUAUUAAACUCUGUAUAUAGAGAGAAAACAAUAGAAAACGACAGUCCAACAAAACAGAAAAGGGAAAGCUUCGACGGGACUGAAAUAUUGGAGAAAUUUAAUGAUUAUGACUUUGGUGUUAUGGAAAUUAAUAAUAUUCAUUUAUCCCUAAUGAACUCUUUAGCGCCGGAUGGCUUCUAUCAAUCGACUUGCGUCAUUACUUUAUAAUUGAAGCUAAAUAUAAUUUAUUUCUCUAUUUUAAAUUAAUUAUUUUGUCUCUUCCUGUUAAAUUGAUUUUUAUAUAAGUGGGCAAGGUGAGGGUUGACGUUUAAGAAUACUAGUCUUAAAUACUUGUCUCGUUGUGCUUUAAAGCGUAAUGUGCGAGCGAACACUUCAAUUAUGUAUAUUUUUUUAUGUUUUGUUAAAGUAUUAAGGUUAUUAAGGUAUAUUAAUAAAAAUAUAAAAUAAUUAAAA